UGUCCGUGUCAGGGGACGCUGCAAAAUACAAGGUGACGUCACCUCCAGUAGUGCUGCCUUCAAGUGCCCCUUGUAACUUUGAAUGUCCCACAUUCAGAUACCAAAAAGGAAGGGUAAAAAAAGAUGACAUCCAUUGAGAACAACAUGGCGGCAGUGUGUGUGGUGUCCAUUGUAGGGUUACGUUUCAAAUCAAGAUUAAAUGGCUGGCCCAUGCUUGGUAAAUACUGAUAAAACACAAUUUGCUGGCAUUAUACACCUUUGAACACAAUAUAAACUUACAUCAUAAGGGCCUUUAAAUUAAUCCGCCAUUAUUGUUUAAUAUUUAGGCCCUGUCUUAAAUCCACGUGUCAAAAUCCAGCCCCAAGACUAGACUCAUUAUUUCAGUUUUGUGCUUCUUCUAGUCUAGGUUUUAUAGAAGUCCACCAAAGUCCACCAAAUCACCCACUCAAGCAGUUAGGAUCACCUACACAAAUAAAAAUAUGUAAACUUUUCUCAAUAUGGACAAUACAGAUCAUUAGUCUCCACAAAUCAGUCAUUCAGUUCAUUUUACUGAAACCAUGAGCACCAACGUAUCACAUGAUCAAAUGAAUCAUUUGUAAUUGGUAUGCUAUUUGAUAGCCUAAUUUUUUAUAAGUAAUACUCUGGUUUAAAUAAACAAUUAGUAUUUGACAAGAGGAACUGAAGGGCUGUGUCAUAUAGACGCCUGUUCCAAAUAGUGAAAUAAAAUCCUGGGCUAUUAACUGAAAUAAGCAAUAAUAAAACAACAAAGAGUGCCCACGUCUGACAAACAGGAUUUCCGACAGCACAUGAACGCAGCAGCAGCAGCAGCAGCACUCAGUGAGCUGGAGCGGGCUGUCAACCUGCGUCUGCAGGGCCCCGCUGCGGCUGCACAUCAAACACUGAGGAGACAGACACAAGGGACACUGAGGGCUCCUCCACCGACUGUGUGUCUCACGGCUGCAGGUCUGAACGGCCUCAUGUGGCUUCGUUCGCCUCUGCAGAUGCCUUGAAGGAGCAGGUGCGCUGCCGGGGAAUUUUUUUUUUUUUUGUGUGCCUUUAAGUAAAUUGUCUCAAAGGGUUACACACUUGGCGAGGCUGCGCCGCUGUUGUUUGUUGUCACUUCCGGUCCGUGAAUUAGCAGAUCACGUCGCCGGUGAAGAAGAAGUUCAUCAGCAUCGAUGCUCCGUGCAGGCAGGAUGGAGGAGUUUGUCACGGAGGAAGAGGAGCCGUGGUACGAUCAGCGGGACCUGGAGCAAGAUCUGCACUUGGCAGCCGAGCUCGGCAAGACUCUCCUGGAGCGCAACAAGGAGCUGGAGGACUCCCUGCAACACAUGUACAUCAACAAUGAGGAGCAAGUGCAAGAGAUAGAGUACCUGUCCAAGCAGUUGGAAAUGUUGAGGGAGAUGAACGAGCAGCACGCAAAGGUGUAUGAACAGCUGGACGUGACUGCCAGAGAGCUGGAGAUCACCAACGAGAAGCUGGUGCUGGAGAGCAAGGCCUCACAGCAGAAAAUAGACAGGUUGAUGGGCACCAUGGAGACCUUGCAGAGUCAGGUGGACAGUCUGACAUCUCGGGUGGAGGAGCUGCGAACUCUGGAGGAGCUGAGGGUCCGCAGAGAGAAGAAGGAACGGCGCAAGACUGUCCACUCCUUCCCCUGCCUCAAAGAGCUGUGCACUGCGCCAAGGUAUGAGGAUGGUUUCUUGCUGGCCAACCCAGGCAGCGUGGACCUGGCUGAAAGACGGCCAGGGGAUGAGGAGAAUGAGCGUCUGAGAAACAUCGUCUCCUCCCUGCGCGCAGCCAUGGCCACAGAGAGGUCCAAGAGGGAGGGCGCUGAGCGGGAGUGUGCCGCCGUGCUGCAGGAGUUUGAGCGUCUGGAGCAGCGUCUCUUAGGAGCAGAGGGCUGCCAGAUGCGGGUUCAGGAGCUCGAGGCUGAGCUCCAGGAGAUGCAGCAGCUGAGGAAGUCCAGAAUGUGUCUGAUUGGGGGCAUGGAAGACGGCUUAGAGAUGUUGCUCAACAACGGCCCCGAGACGGACACCCCGGAGGAGGGCUUAGGGCCGGAAGAGGGAGGUGAAGGAGAGGCGGGGGGCACGGGGCAGCAGGGAGGCCCAGUGAGGAAAAGCUGCAGCGACACAGCUCUGAAUGCCAUCUCAGCCCGUGACGCCUCAGGUAGGCGCCAGGGCAGCUACGCCCUCCAUGCCAACGGCGUGCGCAAACGCGGCAUGUCCAUCCUGCGGGAAGUGGACGAGCAGUACCACGCCCUGCUGGAGAAGUACGAGGAGCUGCUGGGGAAGUGCCGGGGUCACGAGGAGAGCCUGUGCCACGCUGGGGUGCAGACUUCACGGCCUGUCUCCAGAGACCCCUCCAUCAAAGAGUACAGCAUGGUCUCUGCGGGACCUUCAACAUCAGGGGCCGUUGCCACCCCUCCAACACCUCCUCAAACGCCCUCCACCCCGGAGGCCCUGGAGGGGCUCAGCAGGCAGGUGGAGCAAGUGGACAAACGGCUCAGCCAAAACACGCCCGAGUACAAGGCGCUGUUCAAAGAGAUCUUCUCCCGCUUGCAGAAGACCAAGAGUGACAUGAACUCCACCAAGAGCAGGAAGAGUCACAAAUGAGCCAGAGCUCAUUCUAACAGCUACUGAUACUACAGGCACUGAAAACACUCACUAAACACGAUUUAUUUGUCUUAAUUUACCUCACUGUUUUGAAGGCUUCUUUGUUUUACUUUUGCCCACUCGUGAACUGAUGGGUGGAUGCCUGUAGCCAUGUUGAGUCAGGUGAUUAAUGAUGCAUACUCAGCAGUGGACACUCGCACCAUUUGCUGCCAAAUGUUACUGCCAAAUGUUAUACUUCACUACACGGAUGAAAGAUCGUUGAUGUGGAUGAAAUGCCUUGUCCUGAGUGACGACAAAUAGAGAGGAAGGUUUUGUUUCUGUCCAAGGACAGUCUAGUGUGUGAUGUAGUAUUUGUAAUUGAUUAAUUUAAGUAUUGCCAUUUAUUUUUUAUUUAUGAAAAAUAAUGAAUAUUAAACAGGACAAAAUCAGCCAUUGGCUUUGAAACGACUUGGCAUUUGAAGCAUGUAUCUGUCUAAUAAACACUAAGUGCUAAAUUGUUCUUUAAAAGCAGGUAAAAACUAAAUCACAAGGUUUUGACCAGCUUAUUAUUAUCAUGACUGUUUGUGUGCAAAUUUGAAUUUGUCGGAUGGUACAAAUCCUUCAAGACGGCUGCCAAAGCUUACUGUGUAUAAGUGUUUGAUGGAGAUUGGUUUACUUACAUGGUUUAUUGUAACUCAUCUUGUGAAGGAGAUGACACCUGAACAGAUGGUGUUUUUACAGCAUGCAUUACAAGCUGCAGGGGAUUGAUCUGUUUCAGGGGGUUUGUUUGAUCAUUUCAGACAUGACAACAAUCAGUUCUGCACUGUGCUAUCACACUGUCAAAGCUGUUCCUGUAAUAGGCCAUGUAAAAUGUUUUCUGUUAAUUAAAAUGAGCUAUGUAUUGACCAUUUUCCUUUAUUUUGUUAAGUGCUCAGGGAGGCUACAAUUCAAAUCCUUCAAGUUGAAUACGAGCUGUGGGAGCAAGAAAGAAAAAAAUCCAGGUAGUUUCUGUUGGGUUGAAUAAAACAACCAGACACAUGCACGCCCAGUCUGAACACUUUAAUGUGAACACAGGAGAUCAGUAAACUGUAGGUAAUACAAGUAGCACACAUUGAGUCAAACCCAACCCACAGAGAGAAACAUCAGUCCAUGACACAUGACAGCUGAAUGAAGCUGCGGAGAACAGACUUCAUCCACAUACUUAUGGAGUGUAUAAAAAAAAAGAAAACACUUUUCAAUGGCAGGAUGUCUUACCCAUCGAUGUCUGGUUGGGGACUGAUGUCUCUGUACUGGUUUAAAGUCAAUUACAGACAACGUUUCACCUCACUGAUCAGCAGGAGCAGCAUGUGGUUGUAAGAGACUGGAGGCACAGUCAGCAUUGGUAAUUUUUAAACUUAACGUGAUAACGAGGCGAGCGCGUUUCGAUUCGUGAGGGAACUAAGGGAACGCCUCGGACACACUGGAAAUAUGGCCUCAGGGACUAGAGGACGCUGGCUGACAAAAAGCUGUUAGUACGACCUGGACUCAUAUUCACAGUUGUAAAUGAUCUAAAAUAACCUAAUUUUACUGAUAUUUAGAAAACUACAAGUACUGCAA